AUGACGCCCGAGGAAGAGCGCCAGGCCGCCCUCGACUCGUACCGACAGAAGCUUAUCGAGUCACGGGAAUGGGAAGCAAAGCUGAAAAACCUCCGACUAGAGAUUAAGGACUUGCAGAAAGAGUUUGACCGCACUGAAGACAACAUCAAGGCCCUACAAAGUGUGGGCCAAAUCAUCGGCGAAGUCUUGAAGCAGCUUGAUGAUGAGAGAUUUAUCGUCAAGGCUUCGUCAGGGCCUCGAUAUGUCGUUGGCUGCAGAUCCAAGGUGGACAAGGAGAAGCUGAAGCAAGGCACACGCGUUGCCCUCGAUAUGACAACCCUCACCAUCAUGCGCAUGCUCCCCCGCGAAGUUGAUCCUCUGGUUUAUAACAUGUCCUUGGAGGACCCGGGACAAGUCAGCUUUGCUGGUAUUGGAGGAUUGAAUGACCAGAUCAGAGAGCUAAGAGAAGUAAUUGAGCUGCCGCUCAAGAACCCCGAGCUCUUUCUUCGAGUCGGCAUCAAGCCUCCCAAGGGUGUGUUGCUUUACGGGCCACCAGGAACUGGAAAGACUCUCCUGGCUCGAGCAGUGGCCAGCAGCCUGGAAACAAACUUCCUGAAGGUCGUUUCAUCAGCCAUUGUUGACAAGUAUAUCGGCGAAUCUGCACGUCUUAUUCGCGAAAUGUUUGGCUACGCUAAAGAACACGAACCUUGCAUCAUCUUCAUGGACGAAAUUGAUGCUAUCGGCGGUCGUCGUUUCUCUGAAGGAACUAGUGCUGAUCGUGAAAUUCAGCGAACCCUGAUGGAGCUGCUCAACCAGCUAGACGGUUUCGACUACCUCGGCAAGACGAAAAUCAUCAUGGCAACCAACAGACCUGAUACCCUCGACCCUGCAUUGUUACGUGCCGGUCGUUUGGACCGCAAGAUUGAGAUUCCCUUGCCGAACGAGGUGGGACGGUUGGAGAUUCUCAAGAUUCACGCGCAAAGCGUUGUUUUGGAUGGAGAUAUCGACUUUGAGAGUGUGGUCAAGAUGAGCGACGGAUUGAACGGCGCUGAUUUGAGAAACGUGGUGACGGAAGCGGGUCUGUUUGCUAUCAAAGACUACAGAGAUUCCAUCAACCAGGAUGAUUUCAACAAGGCAGUCCGCAAGAUGGGCGAGGCGAAGAAGUUGGAAGGCAAGCUAGAGUACCAGAAGCUGUAG